GGUUUAUUCGUCCGUUGAUAGGUUGUUUUGAAAAAAGAAUUUUGAAAUUUUGUUUACCAUUUAAUUGCAUUUUUUUUUAUCUUUGACAAUAAAAUUGUUCUUAUAUUAUAUUUAGUGUUCAUAUAAAGUUGAAGUUGAUUAAAUAUUAAUGUUAUUCAGUUAGUGAAAUUAAUUACAUAGGAUAAUGUAUUUUCGGAGUUCUUUGAGUUGACAAAGAAAUUAUUUAGGGGAUAAAAAAGCAAAAAAAAAAAAAAAAUACGAAAAAAAAAAUGGCGAGCACAGGAGAAGAAAAUAUUUCCUGGAGAGAGCCAACAAUUAGAGGAAGUUUUAGUAGUUCUUCAAGUAAUUUAUCACAAGGAACAUCACAAUUAUCCCAUCAAUCAACAUCAUCGGCUGAAACACUUCUCUCAUUGGACAAUACAAUAUUAAAUAAUUUUUUUGAAUCCGAUGAAGUGGAAAAUAAUUUAACACAAACGAAAUUUUCACAAUCUUACAAUAAUAAUCAAAGCAAUUGUAGUCCAUUGUUAAAACGAAGAAAAAGUGAUAACAAUGAUGAGACACAUGAAAAUACAUUAAAUGUCGAUCAUCCUGAAUUUGAAAUACUUUCAGUAUUAAAUAGUUCAUUUCUUCAUGAAAUGUCGUCUAAUUUUGGCCGCAAUCAAAUUGACAGUCAAUUGGAUAAUUCAUUUUAUGGAUUACCACAAAAAAUGAAAUAUUUGGUUCAAAAAUAUAAGGGAAUCGAUGAACUUUAUGCUUGGCAACAAGAAUGUCUCAAUUUAGAAGCGAUAAAAAAAAGAAAGAAUUUAAUUUAUUCCCUCCCAACAAGUGGGGGAAAAACUUUAGUUGCUGAAAUUUUAAUGCUGAGAGAAAUUGUCCGCAAUAAGAAAAAUGUUAUAUUUAUUCUUCCCUACGUUGCUAUAGUUCAAGAGAAGGUUCAGGCAAUGGCACCAUUUGCAAUUGAUAUGGGUUUUUUGGUUGAAGAAUACGCAGGUGGAAAAGGAGAAUAUCCUAUUAAAAAACGUAGACAUAAGAAUAGUAUUUUUAUAUGUACAAUAGAAAAAGCUUUAGGUGUUGUUAAUUUUUUAAUUGAAGAAAAUCGUUUCGAUGAGAUUGGAACUGUCGUUGUUGAUGAAUUACAUUUACUUGGUGAAGGUGGAGGCAGAGGUGCAACAUUAGAGGGUUUAUUAACAAAAAUUAUGUUUGUUAAUGAAAAUAUUCACAUUAUUGGAAUGAGUGCAACGAUUGGAAAUUCAGAGGAAGUAGCAAAAUUUUUAAACGCUGAUUUAUAUGAAGAUAAUUUUCGACCUGUAAAAAUUCAAGAAUAUGUGAAAUGUAAUUCAGAAAUAUGUAAAAUUGAUAAGAAAACAGAGGAAAUUUUCAUUGACAAAGAAGUUAAAAACUAUCCAUAUUAUACACGUGAGGCAUUGACAAUUGAUCCCGAUUGUCUCGGUGGUUUAGUUAUGGAAAUAGUGCCAAAAGAUUCAUGUUUAAUAUUUUGUUCAAAUCGUAAGAGUUGUGAAAAUGUUGCAAAAUUAUUGACAAAAGUUUUGUUCAGAAAUUUGCUAGAACAUAAUAAGGAGUCGAAAAUAUAUUUAGAAUCCUCUUUGACAAAUGAGGGAACACUUUGUCCAAUUUUAAGAAGAACAAUAAAAUAUGGAAUUGCUUAUCAUCAUUCGGGUCUCACUGCAGAGGAGAGAAAAUUAAUUGAAGAUGCAUUUAAAGAUGGAACAUUGUGCGUUAUUUGUUGUACUUCAACAUUAGCAGCUGGAGUCAAUUUACCAGCAAGAAGAGUAUUAUUAAGAUCUCCUUACAUUGGAACGGAAUUUUUAAACACAAGUCGAUAUAAACAAAUGAUUGGCAGAGCUGGACGCGCCGGAAUGAAUGAAAUUGGAGAAAGUAUUUUGAUUUGUAAACCGGAAGAUAUUCCAAGGAUAAGAACACUAGUGACGGCAAAAAUAGACGAUGUUUUAAGUUCACUUCACACUGAACAAGAUCGUGGUCUCAAUAAUUUAAUAUUGAGUUCUGUAUUAUUAAAUAUAGCAAAAACAAAAGCCAAAUUAAAAUUGUUAAUUAACAGAACACUAAUGAAAUUACAAGAGGCACGAUUAUCCAUUAAUGUUGAGGAAAUAAUGGAUAAUGCAAUAUUUGCACUUUUAGAGAAAGGAAUUUUAAUUGUCAUCAAUGAUAAUGGAAUAAAUUCAAAUUUAAUGGAAAAUAAAGUAAUUUCCGAUGUAACGGAGUUUGAUUUAAGUCAUUUGGGUAGAGCUGCGAUGAAAGCGUGUAUCGAUUUACCAGUUGCAUACGAUUUAUAUGAGGAUUUAAAAGAAGCUCAAAGUCAUAUUAUUCUUAAUGAUAUUCUUCAUCUUUUGUAUUUAGUCACACCUUAUGAUUUAACGAAAAUUAUUCAUCCUUCAGGAUCAAUUUAUUCCGAAGUGGUAAUGAAAUUAGAUAAAGUUCAAAUGAAUAUCGCAAGACGAAUCGGAAUUUCAGAGGCGAGCAUUUGUAAAUUAAUGUCUGGAUUAUUACCCAAGGACGUUCCUGAGAGAAUUAUUAAAAGAUUUUAUAUAACUCUAAUGUUACAAGAAUUAUGGCAGCAAAAAUCAGUUUUUUACGUUGCUGAGAAAUAUCAAGUGAAUCGUGGAACAAUUCAAUUUCUCCUAAAUUCGGCAGCUAAUUUUGCAUCGUCCGUCGUUCGAUUUUGUGAUAGUUUACCUGAAUUUUGGGCAAUAAAAGAUUUAGUAAUGACGUUUGGCAAAAAACUUGAGUAUUGUUGUCCUGAAGAAUUGGAACCUUUAAUGCAACUGCCUUAUGUUCAAGUGGUACGAGCUCGUCAAUUUUAUAAAGCGGGCUACAAAACAAUAACAUCAAUUGCAAAUGCAACGCCCCAAGAGCUCAUAAAUAAUAUCAAACAUUUGCCGAAACAAACGGCAUUUCAAAUAAUUGCCGCCGCCAACCUCUUGAUUGUUGAAAUCAUUGAAAGUUGUCGAGAUAAAGCCGCAGAAGCACAAGAAGGAUUAAUUCCCAGAGCGGAUCUUAGUUUUUUGCUCGAUGAUAGUUUUUAAUUACAUAUUAGAAAUAGUUAAUUAAAAAAAAAAAAAAUCUAACCCCAGGAAUAGAUUAUUAUUAUUAUUGUUACCAAAGACUGAAUAUUAUUAAUUAAUGAUAAAAGAAAUUAUUUUUUUUUUCAAAAAUUAUUUUCUUAUAUAUUCAUUGUAAAUAUCACUUGUUAAUGAAUAUCACAGGAAAAUAAAAAAAAAAAUUUAUAGAA